AAAAGUUUUCGGUUUUGACAGCUGAUCCAUCAACACAAAAAGAGGGGUUUUCCGUGUUUUCCCCCAAAAUGAACCUCUUCCGGCUAUCCACAAGAAGUGCAGUUAAUCUCAUUCAACUAAACAUAAACCAAUUUACCCGGCCAUUCACGGGAACAGCAGUAAAUUGCCUGAAAGAAAUCAAGACAACCCAGGACGAAAAGAACACGGUGAAAAUUGAAGGAAUUCUAGUAAAAUCCCCAAGGGAUGAAUUCCUUCUGAAAGAAGUUAAAGAAGCCCGAGCCUGUGGCAAAGGAUUCUGCCCGAAAUGCUCAAUAGGAUUGGAUGUAAAGCACACCGAUGUCCUGAUUCUCAGCCAAUAUGUACGAUCAGACGGAUGCAUGCUGCCCAGAAGGGUAACAGGAUUGUGCAGCAAGCAGCAGAAGAAAAUGAGAAUUCUAGUUGCAAUGGCACAAAAAGCCGGAUUAAUGCCUAAUCUAGCGCCAGAUUACAGCAAAAAGGACCCAAAGAAGCGAAUGAAGUGGAAGAAAUUCAACAUAUACUUUGAAGAAGAGAAAGUCAAGGAAAUUAAAUAUCUUUAAAUACGAAGAACUGAAUAUUCUUGUAAAAAUUUGUAGAUUGGAAUUUAUAAUAAAUUAAUUAAGAAUUCUUCA